AUGAUAGUGCAGAUCGUCUGCGAAGACGAGUCAGACGACGACGGACAGAAACAGUCUUCACUCGUCAUCUUUGGCGCAGGUGAUGCGGAAGAUCCCUUCAAUUGGUCAAGAAGUCGCAAAUGGACCCUCACAACUGUCGUCUUGGCCUUCACUUUCGCCUGCUCCUACAUCUCCGGCGGUCUCUUCAUCGCGUCCCAGGCCAUACAGCAAGAGCUUGACUUGCAGCGCGAGAUUGUCACUUUCGCCUUGGUUCUCUUUCCAUUCGGGUUCGGUUGUGGCGCACUCGCAUUCAAUCCCAUCUCGGAAACGACUGGACGGACGAGCGUCUACCUCAUCAGUAUCACACUCACGACGGUCCUCUUUGUGCCCAUUGCCACCGCGCAGAAUGCUCCGGCAUUGGCCAUCAAUCGCUUCUUGCAAGGCGUCGUGUCGAGCGUCGGCUCCUCCAUGGCAGCAGGCUCCAUCGCCGACAUCUUUGGACCUCAUGACCGAGGCUGGCCCAUGACGCUCUUUGCCCUCUGCACUUUUGUCGGCAUGGGGCUAGGACCUGCAACGUGUGGCUACGUCGUCCAGAAUCUGGGCUGGAGGUGGACGCAAUGGCUCACCAUGAUCUUCACCGGCGCCGUCCUACUGCUCAUGCUGUUGUUCCUACGCGAGACGCGUGGCUCGGUGUUGCUGCGACGACGCGCGCAGAGACUGAACAGGGAGCAAAAGACUGAUCGCUACCAUACCCUCGAUGACAACGUUAGCCUCUUCAAGCUCGUCCGUCUGUCCAUCCUCCGACCGUUGACGUUCCUCUGCACCGAGCCAAUCUGUCUUGCACUAUCUCUCUUUGUCUCACUUGCCUGGGCGAUCACGUACCUCUUGCUAGAAGCGAUACAAGUGGUCUUUCGCAAUCAGUACGGCUUCAACACGGGCGAGACCGGCCUUGUCUUUCUGACCAUCUCGAUGGGCGGAUUCAUCGGCGCGCUACUGACGAUUUACCAGGACAAGCUAUACCAACGCCGCUUUGCUCAAGACAACAUCGAAGCUCGACUUUACAUCAGCAUGCUGAGCGGCGCUCUCAUGGCAGCAGGAAGUCUCAUAUUCGGUCUGGCGCAAGGUCGAGGAAGCUGGAUCGGACCGUCGAUCGGUAUCGUCAUUCUCAUCACUGGCGCUUUCUGUUGCUUCCAUAGCGGGACGCUGUACCUUGCGGACGUCUAUGGCGAAUGGGCAUCCUCUGCACUGGCAGCUCAAGGUCUCUUGCGCAACUUGUCCGCCACGAGCUUCCCUUGCUUCACGACGCAGAUGUACGAGCGUCUCGGGUAUACCGGUGCAAGCUGCCUCGUCUGUGGACUGGCAGUCUUGUUCUCCAUCGUACCUUUUGCACUCUUUUACAAGGGCAAAGAGUUACGUGCAAGAAGCUCAGUCGCCCGGCAAAUUGCAGGCGAAAUAGGGACAGCCUCGAUGCUGGCCGAAAAGACGAGCGCAUAG